ACUGAGAGCGAGGCGCCAAAGAGGAGGGAAAUUUAAAAUGUACGGACCCGCAGCUGACGGAGGUGUAGGAGGUGUAAAAUAACAAACGAAUGUUACUCGCUUUAUAAUUUAAUAUAAACAACAUCGCUUUGGAAACACAUUCCUGUUUUCGGCAUGGAGGAGGCGCCCAAUGAACAGGGAUUAGACUCACCGUCCAGAAACAGCUAUAUUGGAAGUUAUUAUCAACCACCCGACAGAAUGAUGUAUUUGCCAAGAAGGCUAGACUUCCCAUUCCACAGCGUUGAGGAUCCACCCACAACUAGUCACCAUGUGUCUCAAUCAAAAAGUAAUAUUGAUAGCAAAGCUGUAGUAGAUGCAUUGAAAACGCUUCAAGAAAAAAUAAGACGUACCGAGGUGGAGACAAGCAGGCAUGCUGAAAAGAGUCAGCAAGUAUCCCAUGAAGCUCAAAACCAGCAGUCCUCUAUUUUGACAACUCUUCCCAUAACUCACAAUCAACAAAAGCAAGAACAUGAUGGCAUCAUAAGAUGCAGAAUUCUUCAAAAGCACCUAGAAAAAACAAAAAGGAGCAUUGAAAGAGUUAAAAGAGAGCAUGAGACUUUACUGGAAAACCGGAGCACUCUACAAAAAGAACAGUUUAACACAAAUAUUCAAUUGCAAAAAGAGAAGCUUGAGAGGCUGGAAUCGGAAUAUGAGAAACUGAGCAGGACCCAAACACUGGCAGAGAUGAAACUUACCAUGUUAGAGGAAAAACUCAAGAAAGAAGAACAUGAGCGUAAACUGGUGCAAGAGAAAGCUGAAGAGCUUCAGAGAGAGUUUGACAACACUCUUCGAAUGAGCCCAGAGGAGACAAAAAUCAAGAAAAAAAAUAAAAUAAAGAUGACCUUGAAGCAGAGUGAACAGAAGUCACCAAUUUGUGCCCUCACUCAAAAAAUGCCUUUCGUCGCUGGAACGUCAACCAGCCCCAGUCAUUCAGUCCACGCCAAUGUCCAGAGUGUCCUCCACCUUAUGAAGCACCACCAACCUCAGCUGCAUGAGCGAGUGUCUCUGCUGCACAGGUCUGUGGGUGCAGCCAGAAAGAGUUUGCGAAAAAAAGCAUCCAGCUCCGUCCUCCAAAGACACAACAGUGAAUCUAGUGAAUCUGAGCAAUCUCUGAGCUCCCUCUCUGAUCUGCUCUUAGCCCUCCAGGAUGAGCUGGGGCAGAUGAGCUUUGAACACCUGGAACUAAUGCAACAAAUUGAUGGUACACAUGAUCAUAAGAACAGGCAGGACCUGAAAAAUGAAUUGGAACGACUGGUCACAAAGAUGGAGGAGAAAGGAGCUCAGAUCACCAAGCUUCGCAAGCACCAACAGAUGAUUCAUAAAAUGGCAGAGAGCCAAAAGCACACCUCAUGUUGUGAAGAGCCUCUGAAGACGACCAUGAUUCAUCCCCUGGCCCCAGUUCCUGUUAAACUCAAGAAAAGACCCCAAAAACAGCCUAGUACUCCGAGUAACCUGCAGCUCCUUAGAGAGACCCAGCAGUUUCGCAACAGCCUCAAACAGAGUGACCUCCUCUGGGAGACCUGAGGGGGACAGUCUAAGACCAGGGCUCUCUCUGUCUGUAGACUGCUGCCAACAAGAAGGACCAAACAUGUUGCUUUUAAGAUAAAAGCAAUUGAAAUCUUUGUUUGUAGAAAGCUGCAAGUAUAGUGCUGUAUUAACUAUUGAUUUUAAUGUGUAUCUAUUAGUUUUAAGAUGUGGAGGAAGCCACUGAUUCUCCAAUCUGAAAUCUGUGUCUUUUAGGACUGAAUGAAUAUUAUUAAGGAAUGAAGAUUAUUUUUGAUUAGUAAUAAGUAAUUACAUGUUAGUAUCCAUGAAAUGUUUAAAAUAAAAGUACCUCUAUCAUUAAAAGAAAGCAUUAGCAUGACUAGUUUAUGCAGCGACUCCCCACUAGAUGUCAGUGUUCUAUAUGUGGUGUCAAGCUUUUGGCAAUAACCAGACAAUUUCACGUGGGCAAAGUUCAAGCUCAGUUCUCCUGUUUGCUGCAGCUGUUGGAGUGUAAGGUUGGUCUGGACCAGAAUGACACUUUCUAUGUUUGAGGAACACUUUUUUUUUUUUAAUCUACUCCCACAAAACCGUUUGUUUACUGUAAAGUGCAUUAUGAAUCACACUUCCUAGAUAAUUAUGAAGUUACUAAACACAGGUGUAAGCAGAAUGAAGCAUGAAACACUGUCACAUACCAUACCUCUUAUCUUUAGUGUUACUGGUUACAACCUACUGACAAAUGAUAAGUUAUCUAAUAUUUCUUAAUGAAUAAAUCAUGUUAUUUUAUGAG